UUUAAUCAAAAACAAUCCGUAUAUAAUAUUAUUAAACAACGGCUUGAAUAUUUUAUCUAAAUUAAUCUGGGAUGACAUUAUGCCUUAAUCCGUGAUUCGAUAUAUCUCAUAAAUUUUAAAAUGAUGAACGAAAUUAUUUCUGGUUAUAAAGCCACAGUUGUCUGCAUUGAACCUAUCAUAUCAAUUAAAAAUUUUUAUGUUGAAACAGAAUUCAGUUCUGAAAUUAACAAAAACAUUAGAACUAUAAUUGAUAACAAGAAAAAUUGGAUUUCAGUAUUACAUCCUAAAAAGGAUGAAAUAGUAAUUGCAAAAAUCACAUUAGAUAACAAAUUGUAUCGUGCAAGGGUCUUAAUGCAUUAUGAAGAUUGUAAAGUAUACAAAUGUUUUUUAAUUGAUUGUGGAACAAUAGUGGACUGCACGGAAUUCUUUGAACCCUGCGAUUAUUUACAGACUGCUCCUCCAGUUAAAAUACAUUGUUCUUUAAAUGCAUUACAUACAAUUAAAGACAGUUUAUUGGAAAGCUUAACAAUUUCUUUUAUUGACGAGUUAGCAGAGUACAGUAAUGAUUUGAAAACUAUGGAUAUAAUCAAAAUUGGUAGUGCGUGCAUAGUUGAUUUAGAAAUAAAAGGUUUAAAAAUGAGUAAAGUUAUUAAGCCAUGUGAAGUAACAGUCGUUGAUAUCAAACAUAUAAAUUUAUUUAAAAUUCGGUUGAAUACAACUGGAAUGCGAAAAAUUAUUGAUGUUCUGAGGUGUGUAAAAAAAUUAUCUAUUGUUUCCAUUCCAAAAAUAUUUGAAUUAUAUAUCGCAAAAAUAGGUGAUCAUAACAAAAGAGUGAGAUUCAUGGACUAUAAUAAUUUAGGCUUUGAAGUUAUAUUAGUGGAUGAAAAACCUAAUAAAUUUAUAGUUAAUCAACUUUUUGAACUUCCCAAAUCUAUUCGCAAUACUCAAACAACAGAUAUUUUUUGUUCUCUGGGGUUAAAUAAACAAAAAUAUUCUGAAAAAAAAUUUAUUGAUAUUUGUGAUAAUGGCAAAACCAAAUUUUUAAUGGUUGUCAUUAAAAAUAAUGACAUAGAAGGGCAUAUUGUUAAAUUGUUUUUAAAAUACCAAGAUGUAACAACAAUGAUUUGUAAAUGAAGUGCAUAAUUAUGUUGUUUUUCUCCUAUAUGUUUAUACAUUUUAAUAUAGUAUUUUUUUAUAGAUUUAUAAUUUUUAUGUCAA